UUCAUAAACCCCUUCACUCUCUCCCUCUCCUAAACUCCUCUUCUACCAAAAAAAAAUUCUCUCUACAGAAAAACCACAACAUAAAAUAUCCACAUAUAUAUAGUUUCUUCAUUCAAUAUUUUUCUCCAAAUAUAAUGUCCUCAAGAUCAUUAUUUUCUUCUUCCUUCAAUCUUUUCAUCUUCAUUUUCUUCUCCAUCAACAAUGGAAUUGAUGGUACUACUUUUACUUUAAUAAAUAGAUGUGAUUACAAUGUAUGGCCCGGAAUAUUACCCAAUGCUGAUAGCCAGAAAUUGGAUAGUACCGGGUUCAUGCUUGGCCCGGGUGAUUCACGGGUAUUUCAACCACCACAACAAUGGUCGGGUCGGAUCUGGGGUCGAACCGGUUGCAAUUUCGACCCCAGUACCGGCCUAGGUAAUUGUGCCACGGCCGAUUGUGGAUCGAAUCAAAUCGAAUGUAAUGGGAACGGAGCAACUCCCCCCGCUACCCUUGCAGAGCUCACUAUUUUCUCAGGCGCGAAGCAAGAUUUCUACGAUGUUAGUUUAGUUGACGGAUACAAUUUACCAAUGGCGAUUCAAGCGGUAGGUGGGUCAGGAACAUGCGAUACGACCGGUUGUUUGAAGGAUUUGAACCGAAUGUGCCCGAAUGAGUUACGGGUCGGGGAUGGACAAGCAUGCAAGAGUGCAUGUGAAGCAUUUGGUACGCCUGAAUACUGUUGCAGCGGCGCGUAUGCUUCACCUUCCACUUGUACGCCAUCGAGCUACUCCGCAAUGUUUAAAAACGCGUGCCCAAAAUCAUAUAGCUACGCGUACGAUGAUCCUACAAGUACUUUUACAUGUACUGAUGCUGAUUAUACGAUUACAUUCUGCCCUUCGUUAAAGUCAAGUCAAAAAUCUUCAACAGACUCUUCACCGUUGAGCGGCACCGGAAAGGGGUUUUCUAUCGGAAAUGGCAACUCCGGGUCCGGAUCGGGUUCUAACCCAGCAGAGGAUCCAUUUCCAUUCGGUAGUUCAUGGCUACCCGAUUUUAUGACGGGGGACUCAUCACGAACAACGUUUUCUUAUUUUGACUUAAAAUUUGCAUUUUUUAUAUUUUCUUUUCUCCACUUUUUAUUAACAUUUUGAUUUUUUCCAAUUUAAUUUCUACACUAUUCACGGUGACUUGAGAUUAAUUCAGUACAUUUUAAGGAGAUCAAGAAAAAAAAGCUGUUGCUAUUUUUUUCUACGUGUAAAGCAUAUUUUUUUUUUUAGGAUUUCACAUGUAUAGAGAUUUGAUUUGCAAUUCUUGGAAGUACUAAUUAUUAUAUUUCAGUGUUCACUUUUGCUUUUGUACGUACUUUUCAUUUUUUCUUAAACGUCUAGGAACAUUUGUAAGAUUUAGAAAAGGAGAGAACUUUAU